CUUUCCUCUGCUACCGGCGAGAAUGAAGACCAUUCUCAGCAGUCAGACUGUCGACAUCCCCGACAAUGUCGAGGUGAGGUUGAAGGGCCGGACAGUGAUUGUCAAGGGGCCCCGUGGCAAACUCACCAGAGAGUUCAACCACAUCAACCUGGAGCUCAGCCUGCUGGGCAAGAAACAGAAGAAGCUUCGUGUGGAUAAAUGGUGGGGAAACAGGAAGGAGCUGGCCACAGUCCGCACCAUCUGCAGCCACGUCCAGAACAUGAUCAAGGGCGUCACUCUGGGUUUCAGAUACAAAAUGCGCUCUGUGUACGCCCAUUUCCCCAUUAACGUCGUCAUCCAGGAGGCCGGCACUCUGGUGGAGAUCAGGAACUUCUUGGGAGAGAAGUACAUCCGCCGCGUCCGAAUGAGGCCUGGUGUGGUGUGUUCAGUCUCAGCUGCCCAGAAGGACGAGCUGGUGCUGGAGGGCAACGACGUCGAGCUGGUGUCUAACUCAAGUACGUCUGUCAACUUCUUCUUCAGCAGCUGUCAUCAUUUCAGCUCAGGCAGUGUUGGUGUAAAAUACAAAUUUUAUCAAGCACCACGAUAUCUCGCAUCAGUCCUGUGGUGUAGUAAUUAAUCCUGCCAACUCCACACUCCACACAGAUGCCUGAAAUCAGUGGUCACCAAACUUUUAUAAUAAAGUCAGGAAUCAACAUACGACCCCUGUGUCAGAAGGUCAUACAUAUACAUUUCCCAGGGAAAAGCAAAGAUAAACGAUUGAGAACUACUGACUUCAGUCAUCAGUAAUGUCGAUGUCCAGCACCAAAUAUUGUACAAAAACCACCAUCACUCAGGCCUCAGUUCAGUUUUUAUUUGUCCCUGGUCAGCAAGAUUUCAGUCCAACACCUUCACUCUGUCAACUGUUAGUGUUUUGAAGUGAACCCACCCUCUCUCCCUCCAUGUCCACUGUUAAUACAGAACUGUUUGUAGGACAGUGACAUGUUUUCUUGUUGUUGGUUCUUUACUCCAGUACGUUUAACUUGAAAUGAAACCGUUGCCUUGUCGGUUGAAGUCCUGACUUCUCAGCUUUACAGGCGCUGCAGUCGACAGCGUACGAUAGGGCUGUGCGAUACGACCAAAAUCUUAUACUCCGAUAUAAAUCAUCUCAUAUCCUGAUCAGAAUAUAUAUCAUGUUAUAGUUCAUUUUCUGUAAAUUAAUAGGUUUACUUAUAAUGACCACAUUUACAUUUUGAAAAUACUCAAAACUAAAUGGUGCUGAUUUAUGUGAUAAUUUUUCUUUUAUUUAGAACUUCUGUCAAAUGUUUUAUUAACAAUGUAAAAAUAUAAAAUCACUUUUCAGAAACAAAUGAUUACAGGAAAAGUUAACAUUGUACUUUAAACUGUAGCAGCAAUAUAAGACUCACAACAAAAAUAUAUGAAGAAUAACAAGAAAACAAAACAUGCCUGGUGGUGUUUGAGUCUGUUGUUGGGACCAGUGUGCAGCAUAAUUUGCAGUAUUCUGGUCUGUCAGACUUUUGUAACUAAACCAGGUCCAUGCUACAGAGGUAGCUCCUCGUUUUGAAAUGAGCUCCUCGAUUUGUCUCGGCUGGUCUUUCUGUUCGGAGCGACCUGGUUCUGUCUCGCAUUCACUCACCAUGCUGGUAUUCACGUUUCUGCCUUCAUCCAUGUGAGAUUGCAAACUGUUUUCCAAAAGAUGCAAAAAUAUUGCUGUAAAGUAUUUUCUGACACCAUGAAAUAAACAAAAGCAAUAGAUAUUUUUAUUUCCUCAUAUAUACAAGUUGAGAAUAAACAAACUGGAUUUCAGAGCCUAAACAACAAAGAUGUUUCCUCCUCCAUCUCUCCCCUCCACCUUCCUCUGUAAUUAUUGUGAUCCCUGUGUGAUGUGACCCCUUCACCUUCUCUCUGUUCCAGCUGCUCUGAUCCAGCAGGCCACCACAGUCAAAAAUAA